AAGCUGCUUCCCUCCCCCGCAAUGCCCUCUUGCUGUCUCUUUAAGAGGUCAGCAGGUCGCCCCGCCUCUUAGGGAUCUGAUUGGCUUCUUCCGCGGCUUGCGCCUUCUUUUUGAUGUAACUCCAUUUCUAUAGGCUUCUGGGGGCUGGGGGCGGGCCUGAGGGCUAUAAGUAGGGGCUGUGGCUGUUUUUGCGGUUUUGGCUGAACGAAAAGGACGCGCCUGCCAUCUGGUCACCGCUGCCGGGAAGGGCUGCGUGGUGUCUUGGGGGCCGGUGGGCCCGGCGCGCUGACCGCGUUUCCCCUUUCCCGCCGAUUCCCCAUUUCCGCGGAGCCGGCUGUCCCCGGCUCUUGCGCGACGUUCCCUGGCCUUGCUGCCUGCCAGGGGCGCUGGAGGCCGGAGUCCCGGGGCCUGGCCGGGUCUGCGCACCCUGCGGUGGUGGAUGAGCGGCCCGGGCGGCGGGGGCUGAGCACGGCCCGGGACCCUCAGGGCCAGCUGCUGGCGGGAUGGACGCCCUGGAGGAGGUGUUUCGGGCCAACGGGAGCACAGCCCCGCCCCCGCCCGUGGCGCCCAACAUCAGCGUGCCACAUCGCUGUCUGCUGCUGCUCUAUGAGGAUAUUGGCACCUCCAGGGUCCGGUACUGGGACGUCUUGCUGCUCGUCCCCAAUGUGCUUUUCUUCAUCUUCCUGCUUUGGAAGCUUCCGUUCGCUCGGGCCAAGAUCCGCGUCACCUCCAGCCCCAUUUUUAUCACCUUCUAUAUCCUGGUGUUCGUAGUGGCGCUGGUGGGCAUCGCCCGGGCCGUGGUGUCCAUGACGGUCAGCACCUCGGACGCUGCCACCGUUGCUGAUAAGAUCCUGUGGGAGAUUACCCGCUUCUUCCUGUUGGCCAUCGAGCUGAGUGUGGUCAUCCUGGGCCUUGCCUUUGGUCACCUGGAGAGCAAGUCAAGCAUCAAGCGGGUGCUGGCCAUCACCACAGUGCUGUCCCUGGCCUACUCUGUCACCCAGGGGACGCUGGAGAUCCUGUACCCUGAUGCCCACCUGUCGGCUGAGGACUUCAACAUCUAUGGGCAUGGGGGCCGCCAGUUCUGGCUGGUCAGCUCCUGCUUCUUCUUCCUGGUCUACUCUCUGGUGGUCGUGCUCCCCAAGACCCCGCUGAAGGAGCGCAUCUCCCUGCCUUCACGGAGGAGCUUCUACGUGUAUGCGGGCAUCCUGGCGCUGCUCAACCUGCUGCAGGGGCUGGGAAGCGCGCUGCUCUGCGCCGACAUCAUCGAGGGGCUCUGCUGUGUAGAUGCCACCACAUUUCUCUACUUCAGCUUCUUUGCGCCCCUCAUCUACGUGGCCUUCCUCCGGGGCUUCUUUGGCUCGGAGCCCAAGAUCCUCUUCUCCUACAAAUGCCAAGUGGACGAGACUGAGGAACCAGACGUGCACCUGCCCCAGCCUUACGCGGUGGCCCGGCGAGAGGGACUGGAGGCAGCAGGGGCCGCAAGUACACAGUUCGACUCGGCCGGAGGGGUGGCCUACCUGGACGACAUCGCCUCCAUGCCCUGCCACACUGGCAGCAUCAACAGCACAGACAGUGAGCGCUGGAAGGCUAUCAACGCCUGAGUGUGGCCACCCUGGCAGGAAGGCCUGCUGGGGCCUGCGGAGGGCAGACUGGAGAGAAGGCCAGGGCGCGCAAAGCCCCUGGUGGAGGAGGACGAGGUCGCAGGACCUUCUGUGGGCGGCAGCCCCAUGCGGGCCCUGUCCUGCCCUCUGCGUUGCCUGUGGCCACCUCUGCUCUAGCUGGGGGCCGCCUCCCUCUUCCACCUGCCCUCACCCUGCUCAGCGACAUGGCCCAGACUCUGAUCUCCCAGGGCCUGCUGAGGGCGUCUCCUUUCUCCAAAGCCUGCGCACCCGGGACCGGUCUGGCCUUCCUCGUCCCUUCCAAAGUCCCCUCCCCGUGGCACUUUGGCCUCUUCAGAGCCCACUCUGGCAGGUGGGCUGAAGUGUGGAUAUUUUCUUGAUCUAUUUUUUAAUAAAAAACAAAAGGAGCAGAAGGUGUAGCUGUAGAGGUUCUGCCGGAGCGCCGGGGCCGGGGCAAGAACCCGUGCCGUACAGAGGUCCUGGCAGGUCCUGUGUCCCCAGCCCUGGGAGGCCCUGGGCCCCUUCGUUUACUCAGCCAAGGAACACUGGCCAGUGCACAGGCUGGCUGCUGGGGACGUAGAGGGAAAUCGGAUCCCAGGGCUCCCUGCCCCAGGCCCCUUUUUGAGCAGAGGAGACGCACAUGAAAAGAGCAUCAUGGUUCUGUGAGCUGUUGUCUCCCUACCCUGUUGGGGAGCCCGGGGUUUAGGAUGAGCCCUGCGGGCCCCAUCCUUUCUCUGCUCCUUCUGCUCUGCCAUCUUGGACAGGCCGCUCCUCCUCCCCCAGCUCCUGUUCAGCAUCUGGAAAAUGGGGAUUAGAAGGCCUGUCUUCGAGGGGCUCUUGUAAGGGUUAGGAAACAGUAAGCGUGCACGGCUGGCAGACGGUUAUGGGGCAGUAAUGACAACUGGAUUGUUUUUAGCCCCUAGAACAGUGCUUGCCACGUAACAGGUGCUCCGAAGGUAGGAUGGCAGGGAGUUGAUGGGAUACGCUGAGAAGAGGCCAGAAUAAAGCAACCUGUGAAUAAGAGAGAGGUGCUGGUGUCCGUGUUGCUGCCAUCGUACUGAAGUCUGUCCCUGAGACUUUGGGCAGCCGGAGAAAAAGGGAGUUGCCAGUUACGUGAUCCCCUGUGCCAGAGAGGAGGAGGAAGGCUCAGUGGGACCACAGGGGUGCUGAGGGU